GACUUCAUCACCAUUCUUUCAAAAACACCUUACUUUCAGACUUUGAACUCAAGACUUUCGCUUCAGCCGACAACAUGAAGUUCUCUGCUGUGAUUGCUCCUCUGCUCUCUCUCCCUCUGGUAUUCGCCAGCCCUGGCGGAGACUACGGAUAUCAUGAGAAGCCCAAGACCGUCACCAAGACUGUCACUCACACUGUCACCAAGCCCAUCUACAAGCCCCCGGUCACCAAGACAGAGACCGUCACCAAGAAGUACCCCGUGACUGAGACGGUUACCAAGUACAAGUGGAAGCCUCCUGUUACCAAGACUGAAUAUGUCACCAAGUGGAAGCCUCCCAUCAUCAAGUACAAGACUGUGACGGAGACCGACACCGUCACUAAGUACAAGUGGAAGCCUCCCGUCACCAAGACAGAGACGAAGUGGAAGCCACCAGUCACCAAGACAGAGACAAAGACUACCACAGAGACCAAGUACAUCCACAAGCCUCCUGUCACCAAGUACAAGACCGAGACUGUCACAAAGACCAUCACCGUCAACAAGCCAAAGCCUACAUACCACAAGCCCGGUUACGAGAACCCCGGCUACGGCGAUGGCGGUCACAAGAAGGAGUACAAGGCUUAAGUGCUCAAUCUUGGCCAACCACAAAGACUUCAGACCAAAGAUUGUCACUUCUGGCCUGUUGGACUUGGUUUAAAAUUACGGAUCAUGAGAUUACAUAACACUCCUUCUAAUUUUUUAAUGUCUUUUUUAUGUUGAUAUUUACGGAUUAUUCCCGCUACAGGAUGAGCUAGUGGAACGGAAUCAAGGUGGCGGCUUGGUCGCGACGGCGAGAGGGUAAAAAUGGUGGUCAUAUUCUUCGACACAUUCUUUCAAUAGGGGACAUAGCCGCGGCAUGGCAGCGACUAGAGUUAUCUAUAGAUUUGAAAUAACUUCAAUAUUAUUGUGUUUUGCUGGAA